GAAACAUCCAGCUUCAAACAGCACCUGAGCAACUGCAACUUACCAAAGAGAAAUGGCUUCAGGGUCAUAUUUUUCUCCUCUGCUCUUUUCUGCAAUCAUCCUGGGGCUGCAGUGGCCCCGGGGGGCAGCAGCCUUCCCUGCCAUGCCCCUCUCCAGUCUGUUUGCCAAUGCCGUGCUGAGGGCCCAGCACCUCCACCUGCUGGCUGCUGACACAUACAAAGAGUUUGAACGGACCUAUAUUCCAGAGGAACAGAGGCAUUCCAACAAAAUUUCCCAAUCUGCAUUUUGUUAUUCAGAAACCAUUCCUGCUCCCACAGGAAAAGAUGAUGCCCAGCAGAAAUCAGACAUGGAGCUGCUUCGGUUUUCACUGAUUCUCAUUCAGUCCUGGUUAAACCCCGUGCAGUUCCUAAGCAGAGUGUUCACCAACAGCCUUGUGUUUGGCACCUCAGACAGAGUCUACGAAAAACUGAGGGACUUAGAAGAAGGUAUCCAGGCUCUGAUGAGGGAGCUGGAAGAUGGAAGCCUCCGGGGAUUUCAAGUCCUCAGACCCACUUAUGACAAAUUUGACAUCAAUCUCCGGAACGAAGACGCCUUGUUAAAAAACUACGGCCUGUUGUCCUGCUUCAAGAAAGACCUGCACAAGGUGGAGACCUACCUGAAACUGAUGAAGUGCCGGCGGUUCGGAGAGAGCAACUGCACCAUUUGA